AUGGUCUUAGGAGUGGGCAUUAGGCAACGGCUGUUCGCGAAGCAUGACUCAGUUACCUUCACUCAAGCUGUGAAACUUACCAGUUCAUUAGAAGAAGCGGAGAGAGAUGAUUCGGCAGUGGAAGGCGUAUGGCGGGAACCGGUUCGCGAGGAGUGGGUGUGCAGUACUCGUCACCGGUCCCCACGACUACCAAUUGCGGAGCACAAUGAUAGCAGCUGUCGUUUCAAAGGGUACACAUGCAUUAACUGCCAGCGAGUGCUUCAUUUACGUCGAGUGUGUCCGGAGUACAACGGACAUUCGGCGAGAGGAGGGUCUGCUCAGCAGUACGGAGGUCCACGACAUAGGGUGCAUUUCUGGGAGACGGGUCAUGUCACUCGUCACUACGGGUCUAGUGAGGAAGACUGCAAGGACAUCGAGGAAAGCUUAAAUAUUAUAGGACUUAAUCGUUAUAAGGCCGUUACUUUGUCUGUGUAUAUUGAGGAUAAGGUUGUAAAUAUGGAGUGGCGGACUGGGGCGAUACACGGGCGGGAAGGCGACGCUUCGGGUACAAGACCAGUGCUAGUGUUUCACCGUGCGAGGCCGGUGCCUUACGCGCUGCGCGAGCGCAUUGACGCCGAGCUGGACAGCAUGCUGCGCGCCAUCGUCAUCAAGCCCGACGACUGCUCCGACUAG